AUGGUGCAAAACAUACAGUCGUCCAAUUUCAAAAAAGUAACCACUGAGCAAAUACUGUCCCCACAGGAUGAGGCUCUUUUUGACGAAUACUUGUUGCGUAACAAGCAGUUUGUUUUGAUAACAAAGUCCAAAACAAAAGAGGUAAAACAAAGGUUUCCUCUGUAUUUCGGAACGACCGAAGAUGAAAUCAAUCCACAUAGAAAGAUGACUCUCCGCCAAAAGAGACUGGUGAGAGACGCACAUUAUAAUACCCCACAAUACCUCGAAAACCUGCGAAAUAUCAAGAAGCCUUCUCACGCAGCAGAACAACCAAAGACAAAGGCACCAUUGCACACUCCGUCAGCCUCGAUCCAGCCAAAGCCGGUGAAUGGGUCAUCGAAAUCCGAAACUGCACCAACCGCCAAGGCCCCACCUCAGCCUCAAACUCAGACUGCCCCAUCUAAGCCUUCAAAUGUGGUAAAGAAGCAAGAAAAAGUCACAAAUCCAACUCCUGCAUCAGAGCAAAUUCCCAGCACAUCAGCCAGCCCUAAGGAGGCUUUAAAACCCGCUCCUGUUCCAACAAUGGCAAACAUACUGUCGUCAACAAAAACUCUUUCCCUAGCUGAAAAUUUGAAGCGUUCCCAACUGAAUCACGGAUCGGCAUCUUCAUCACCAGCAUCACGCUCAAAAUCAAGCUCUAAGAGUAAUACUGCUUCUCCGGCGGCUUCCUCGGCGGCUGUUUUUGAUACCGUUUCCUCUGAAUUCUUAUCCUCAAAUGCACCAAAACCUCUAGGUGUAACGCUUCUUAGAAUCAUGUUUGACUCAGAGUACAUAGAUAAAAUUUUCCAUACUAAAGAUGAUACGAGCUUGAUUUUCAGACAUGGUUUACAAAACUCUGGAAAUAUAUGUUACAUGAACUCUAUUCUUCAAUUCCUAUUUUACUGUGAACCCUUCUCGCAAAUCCUGAACAUUAUUAGAGAAACAACUAUUAGAGAAUUGGAUGAGACAAAAAACAACACUCCAAUAUUGAACGCCCUAUUGGAUUUACAAGACAGCUUCAAAAUCGCAUCUAAAACCCCUAGUAAAUACGACGUUAUAAAUCCAGAACGAUUCUACUAUUCAAUCGCUUCUUUGCCUAGAUUCUCGCAUUUGAGUUGGGGGCGUCAAGAAGAUGCAGAAGAAUUUUUGAACAUUUUGCUGGAUGGUCUACAUGAGGAAUUCGUUGAGAGUAUAAAAACUUUACCAACGAGCGAAGUCACAGCUUUUGCAAACGCUUUCAGCAAUAAAGAAACUACGAGGAAAAUUAUUCAAAAUGUUGAUUUUAUCAAAGAUGCGAGUAAAGAGAAUGCAUCUAUUUUAGACAGUAAUGAUAACUGGAAUGAGGUAGGCUCCAAUAUGAAGACAAUUGGCAAAAGAAGUUUUCAAGUCAAGCUGUCUCCGAUAGUCAAUCUUUUCGGCGGACAGUUCAAGUCCGUCUUGAAAGCGUCUAGCAAGAAAUCAUCAAUAACUUUGGACCCAUUCAUGCAGGUGCAACUAGACAUCAGUGACCCUGAAACCGAUGAUUUGAUUACAGCAUUUGAGAAGUUCUCGCAAGAUGAGGAAAUUUCCUUAGGUUCCACAAUGGCCAAAAAGCAAAACUUUAUAGACAAGUUACCGUCCAUUCUAAUAAUACACUUGAAAAGAUUUUCAUUCGUCACUAAUGAUGAGUCCAAUCCAGAAAAUGGUGACUAUGAACUCGUUACCAAAAAUAGAAAAAAUAAGAAGAAUAACAAAGAAUUACAGCAGGCGAAUCUUGCACAGCAAGCUAGGACAAGACUGCUGGAUGGCCGCAUAGAGAAAAUCCACAAAUUCAUAAAAUAUGAUCACAAACUAACUCUACCUAAAUCUUGCAUAUCAACGAUGGUCUCAGAGGAACCAAACUACAAGUUGUUAGGUGUAGUGUAUCAUCACGGCAGGUCGACUGAAAACGGACAUUACACUGCUGAUGUCCUGACAGAGUCUGAUCAAUGGAUCAGAAUUGAUGAUACAAAUAUUACUAAUAUCACCGCAUCAGAUGCAGUGAGCGAUCAAAAUCUGGGCUCCAAUAUCAAUAAAACUGCCUAUAUUUUAAUGUUCCAGAAGGUUUGA